AUGCCUGGGACGUCUACUCAGUUCAACACUGAUACUGACACUGUUAUGUCCGGUAUUUGCACUAAGACUAAACCACCACCAUCAAUUUUGAUUGACCCGUUUGCCGAAGAAAUUUGCGAGCUCAAAAUUGGCACGUCUACGCAUCUCGAAGCCGGCACAAGCGCUAAAUGGGAUAUGCCCGCUCAGUAUGGCAGUGAUAGUGACAGUGACAUUCAAACUGUUAUCCUGCGUGACAGUUCUGGGAGUGACCCCACUCAAAUCUCCAGCCCUGGCCAGAAAAGUCCUAGCGCUAUGCCCGACACGCCCUCUGACGAUUCUUCUUAUGCAGGCUUGGACAGCUCUUCUGGUGCCAAAUCCGAAUCGUCCUCCAUCCACGGCUUUGAUACGUCAUCUCGGCAUGGUUCUGAAUCAGAGGAGGAAGAGCCCCAAAAGGUUCCUAAAUGCUAG